AUGCAAGAUCCAAAUGCUGAUACACAAUGGAAUGAUCAAUUACGUCGUUUUAAUAUAAUUGACCCAAAAGAAGAAAUAAAAACUGAAGAAGAACGAUUAGAAAUAAGUCGAGCUGAACAAUUAGAUAAGAAAACAUUAGAUGAAUUAGAUGAACUUGAAGAUGAAGAUGAUGAACGUGUUUUACAAGAAUAUAGACGAAAACGAUUAUUAGAAUUACAAGAAAAGGCAUCUCGUUCUCGAUUUGGAGAAGUUAUUGAAAUUUCAGCAGUUGAUUAUGUUAAAGAAGUUAAUGAAGCUGGUACUGAUAUAUGGGUUGUACUUUAUCUUUAUAAAUCAGGAGUUCCAAUAUGUUCAUUAAUUAGUGAUCAUCUUCGUUCACUUGCUUUAAAAUAUCCUCAAACAAAAUUUGUUAAAAGUAUAUCAACUGUUUGUAUACCAAAUUAUCCAGAUAAAAAUUUACCAACAAUAUUUAUUUAUAAUAAUGGUGAACUUAAACAUUCACUUAUUGGUCCAUUUGCAUUUGGUGGUAUGAAUUGUCGUUUUGAACAUUUAGAAUAUAAAUUAUAUGAAUUUGGUGCAAUUGAAACAAACGAAAAAUUAGAAAAACCAACUGAUCUGAAAACUUAUGGAGUGAAUGAUGCAGCUGAUGAAUUUCUUCGAUCAUCAAUUCGUCAAAGUAUGAAAAAUGGAAGUGAUGAUGAUGAUGAUUGA